UUUCUGCCGGCAGAGAAUCGACUUGUGGAAAUGGAAGAAGCUUCCAACCCGGAGAGACAAAAGAAAAGGAGAACGAGACGUAGAGGAGGACGAAGAAAGAUAAAAAAAGAAGUAGCGGUUGAGCCUAACGAACAACAGCAGGUCGUAAUUAUUACGCCCGAGAAGAAAAAACCUUACGCCACCUUCCUGAUCGACAGGCCUUUUGACAGUAACCAAGCGCAGGAGGAAGAGGAAGCUACGGUCGCCUUAAUGAACUGUUUGCGUUAUCGCCUUCAUUUUGCACUGAAUUUGAACGAUACCGAACUGAACAAUGAAAAUAUUUUUGAUAGCAUGUUGGAAGAAGAAGACUUCGCAAUGCCCAAUCAAAUUUCAGAAAUGGAUUCUUGUCGGAGCAUGUACGAUACUCUAUUGCAGCUGAUUGACGAAUUCGACGCAACUGGUGCCGUCGAGAUUUUCCGACUUUUACUGGAGAGGAGGACGGCCAUCCCUUUGUUCAUCCCCGAUUCCAAGCAGCACCAUUUAAAUUUACUGAGGCACGUCUCCCUUCCCGGUGUCGAUAACGUCCGUCUGGGUGAGGAUAAGACCUUGUUGCGUGUUGCUGUCAUUUCCUGCCGGCAGCGAUGCGAAAGCCAGACCAGCGAGAUCCUCAAAAAUCUUUUCAACAUUGAAAGUUUCCAUCGCCACGAUUUGUCGAACGGCAGUGUCUCCCAAAACUUAAUGUUAGCCGAGAUCGGCUACGGAUGCCUGUUGGUGGAAGGUGCCAACUCUGGAAAAAUACAGCACGUCAUAGUCAUUCACGUCAUCGGAGAUUUCCUUGCGCUUUGGCCAUUCCUGCAACGUUUUGCCGAUUACUUGUUGAUUGAAGAUUCCACCGUAAAGCAGGGAAGCUUUUGCGAAACGUUUUUACAAGAGUUUUUAACGGCAAAUAACGCAGAGACGACCACCGGAGCCGAAAAUUCUGUCCCUGGACUGGAUGCGGUCCCUUUCGUCUGCGUUUGGAAACCGUCGGUCGGAGAGAUGCGCUACAAAAUGCAAAAAGUAAAUGGAUCCCAUCAUCACUUGCGCAUCGACGGCCAGCUGCCAGGCAAAACCCUUAACAUGUUAAGAGCGAGUGUGAUCAAAGCAGUAAAAGAUCAAUGCACCGACGAAAACCGACCAACGUUGCACGAAAUUCCCAUUUUAAAAGAUAAUGGAUUCAGCGCACUGGAAUGCGUUUCUCCUUUAGAAAUCCAAUCGAGUAUCGCCGUUCAAAACCUUGGACAAAUUAAGAUGACGGAAUUUGUGCUUCAGAAAAACUUCCGGCAACAGGCAAAACACGAAGAGGCAAAAAUGGAGCACCACACGACCAAAGAAAAGUUACGCGAAGAUGCCAAGAUCAAAAAUUGCAUUGACAAGCGCCGUGCCGACACUUAUCACGUUCAAAAUAAUUCGUUACUGCAACUUUUUCUUGGUCUUCUUAGCAACAAAGAUUCAUGCUCUAGGGUUUUGUCCCUGCGUGUCUUGGAGAAGGAACUGGCCGAACGCGGUGAGCGGGAACUCGUUCCUCUUUCGAACAAAGUUUCUAAUUUGAAUCGAUCCGCCGAGGAAUUGGCUCGCGAAAACAACGAAAAUGCUCUAGAGUCAUUAAAACGCGAACUAUAUUCUGCUAAAAUCGAUUUAAUUGAGAGCAUUCUCAAUAUCGAGCAUUUGUGGCGUGAACUGAGUCACCUUUACACGGCCAUGGAACCAGAAAGGCGAUCGGAGACGAUCCAGGACAUACCCCGUCUAGCCGCUCAACAUUUACUGGACGGAUUCUGCCUUGAGCUGCUCGACGGUGAUUCCAACAUGAUCCACAUGGAAUGGGUGACGGAGGUUUUAUACGAAUUGAGCUCGUUAAUCGGAGAGGCUAGUCGGAAGCGCAUCUUUGUCUUGUCCGUUAUGGGCGUCCAGAGCAGCGGCAAGUCGACCCUUCUCAACACCAUGUUCGGCAUCCAGAUGAGAACAAGCGUCGGCCAAUGCACCCGAGGCGUCAACAUGCAGCUGCUGGCCGUCGACGGUCGUCCGGAGUACGACUACAUCUUGUUGCUGGACACGGAGGGGACUCGGGCACCAGAGUAUCACGGCCUGCCCGGUAGCGAAAAACGUGACAAUCAAAUGGCCACUUUGAGUAUUUUACUAGCUGACGCCACCAUCGUAGUCACGCCGGGUGAGAACGAUGCGGCCAUCAAAGAAAUACUGCCGAUUGUUCUGCUGGCCUACCAGGGUUCGAAGCUGGCAGAAGAUAAUGGCGGUCGACUCAGUUCUAGGAUGUGCUUCGUUUACAACAGGAUCGACACAAAGCAGAAGAACAAAUUGAACAAUAUCAUUCAAACAUUGGGAACUUCCCUUCACGAGGCCUUUAGUCAAGUCCAGAAAUUGACUGGAAAUUUGACUAAUCUGAAAUCAGAGAGUCCGUUCGGAAAUUUCAAUCUUGACACGUCCAGUUCAUCUGGUUGCAGUGACGUUUGCAUUCUUGGAAACGUCAAGAAAGAAUACGAACCCCCCGGAGACGUCCCAGAUGCUGCGUAUGGUGAGGCUCUCAUCCAGUUCCGGGAACACAUCCAUCGGCGAGUCGUCAACAACGAGAGUGGACAAUCCUGGAAAAGCAGGUCAAUUGAAGAGUUUUCCGGCUACAUCGAAGAAGUUUGGAAGUGCAUCGGCUCUGCCAAUUUCAAUUUCAAUUUCGCCACGGUGGUCGAGCGCAUCACGUUCGAUAAAUUGGAAUCCGAGUACAAGAAAGCUGAGCAAAAAUUAGCAGAAGCCUAUCUUGAAUCGUUCGCAAGUAUCAAGAGGAGCAUGAUCGAAGAAAAAGGUAAAACUAUCCGCUCAGCGCCGGUAGACGAAAUGAGCAACGCAAUUCGUUUAGCGUCGUUCGAGGCCAAACUGCGUGACCAAGUGAUGCCAACCGAACAACGUUUGGACGUUGAAGUGAAAGAGAUUCUGAAAGGAAAAGGCCGUGAAAAGUGGAGUCUUCAAUUUAAAGAAUUGUGGAAAAUGAAUAAAUUAGGCCAGGAGCGGAAUUGGAAAUUUAGUUUGAAAACGAGUUUCAAUACGCUGUUUAAUUACGAGCAUCACGUGGAAAGCUACAAGAAGAAAAUGCGCGAGGAAAUCAACGAGCUCUUCAAGUCGACGAAUUUAAACGUUUCCGAAUGGACAGAAAAGGACAAAAAUAAAAAAUUCGAUGAGAUGUUCGCUCGAAUUUUGCUUGAGGUUCAGCAACAUUUCCCUCCAAAAGACAUACCAGAAGAAAUCAAGAAGGUCUAUCAAAACAGCAACGUGAUCAAAACGAGGCAAAUUGAAAUGAUGGCGGUUGCUGGUGAUGGACAAUCCCACGUAGAUGGUCGGACUUGCGAUGGUAAUCCAACACUUUUGGAAAAAAUGGGAAUGAAAUUUUCCCAGUUACUUAAUUUAAAACCAACAGAAAAAAAAAUAACGAGAAACGCCAUUGAUUCGUGUUACGAAUCUGUCUACGCAAUGUUAACAGAAUUGCGGCUGGCAAAAUGUGCUAUGACGACAGCAUCGUCUACAACGUAAUCAGCGAUGUGGACGCGGUAAUUACUUCAAAAAACAUUUCCUCCUAUUCCGAGGUACUAGCGAUGCACAAUUACGGCCAAACGCUCAUAGUCGAAUUGAUGCAAUAUAUUGAAAAAGAGUGG